UACAACCUAACUGAAACCAAGCCUCUCAAACUACCUAUGGAUGCUGCUCUUAAACUAACUCCUGAUCUAGGAGAUGUUCUUCCUGACCCUCACUCUUAUCAGCACCUCAUUGGCAAGCUGAACUAUCUCACAAUCACCAGACCUGAUAUUGCAUUCACAGUUCAUACACUGAGCCAAUUCAUGCAAAGGCCCACAUCAGUUCAUAUGCAAGCUGCCAAAAGAGUGCUCAGGUACCUAGCUGGUGCCCUUGGUCAAGGAGUGUUACUUGCCACCUCUUCCUCAGCCAUCCUCACUGCCUAUAGUGAUAGUGACUGGGCUGGCUGUCCAAAUACUAGAAAGUCCACCACAGGCUUUUGCAUUUUUUUGGGAGAUUCCCUUGUAUCUUGGAAAACCAAGAAGCAACAAGUAGUGGCAAGGUCCACAGCUGAAGCUGAGUAUAGGGCAAUGGCCCUCACCACCUGCGAAGUGACAUGGCUCACACAACUUUUGAAGGAACUGGGUAUCAAGUCACUGGCACAUGUUGUCCUCAAAUGUGACAACCAAGCAGCCAUUUCCAUAGUUGUCAAUCCGGUGCAUCACGAGAAAACUAAAACACGUUGA